AUGUCCGUCCUCAACAGCAUCAACAAUGGUGGCGCGGGCGAUUUGGCAGUACAGACUGCGAGGCUCGACAUCUCCGGCGUGUCGUGGCUCGAGAACCCAACCAAGGUUGACCAAGUCAAGUCCCUCAAGGAGAUCAGCCUGGGAAGCUGUCGUCUUCUCUACGGAAGUGAGCGUUUCAAGUUCUACGACCUUGUAAUCGUAGAGGACGAAGCCACAAAGACAUUCGUGGCCAUCCUUACCUGCAACCAAGAAAGCGAGACCAAGUUCCUGCGCACAGAGACAAGCACCUGCCCCGUCCAGGCUAUUCGAGCCCUCGUCCACGGACUCCAAAAGGACACGGCCAAGUUGUUCACCAAGUACAGUGUCGGCGCCCAGAUCCGUGGUCAGCAAGGCUACACGAGCUUGACUACUGGUGAGUUCAAGUUGUGGUCCCAACCUUAUGAUGCGCGCCAGCCUGGUCCGAACGAUGAUACCCAGGGUCUCAUGAGCAGAGCCCCGAUUGGUCCCCGUGGUGACUACUACAACGGACGCAAGCGUACGAGGGCGGCUGAGCCGAUUAGGGAGGACACGCCUGAGCUCAACUACUAG